CCAUACUUGUUUUGCACACGUCUCUACAACACAGGAAGCUAUUUCAGCUACGCACGCAGAAGAAAACGAAACUUUAGCUUCCCUGUGUUUGAUUCUGUCUGUGAGAAAACUCAGUGAAAUGGCAGAAGCCAGUAUUUCUGUGGCUCGGAAUCAAUUCAGCUGUUCAGUGUGUCUGGAUCUCCUGAAGGAGCCAGUGACCAUCCCCUGCGGACACAGUUACUGUAUGAACUGCAUUACUGACUGCUGGAAUCAAGAUGAGCAGAGGAGAGUUUACAGCUGCCCUCAGUGCAGACAGACCUUCACUCCAAGACCUGCUUUAGGUAAAAACACCAUGCUGGCUGAAGUGGUGGAGAAAGUGAAGAUGACAAAAGUCCAAAAAGUUGAUUCUGCUCCCAGUUAUGCUGGACCUGGAGAUGUGGAGUGUGAUGUUUGUACUGGAAUAAAAUAUAAAGCCAUCAAGUCGUGUCUGCUGUGUCUGGAAUCUUACUGUCAGACUCACUUUGAGCGCCAUGAGGCUUUUCGCACAAGUAAACGACACAAGAUAACUGAUGCCAGCGGACGAAUCCAGGAGAUGAUCUGCCCAAAACAUGAUAAACUGCUGGAGGUUUACUGUCGGACUGACCAGAAGAGUAUAUGCUUACUGUGUACAAUGGAUGAACACAAAAAUCAUGACACUGUAUCUUCUUCAUCUGAGAGAACAAGGAAACAGAAACAUUUGGGAAACAUGCAGAGAAAUCUGCAACAGACAAUCCAGGAGAGAGAGAAGAAGAUUCAAGAGCUGAAAGAGGCUGUGAAAACUCACAAGAGCUCCGCACAGACAGCAGUGGAUGACAGUGAGAGGACAUUUACUGAACUCAUCCAGUCCAUUGAGAGAAGACGAUCUGAGGUCACACAGAUGAUCAGAAAUCGAGAAAAGACUGAAGUGAGUCGAGCUGAAGGAAUCUUGAAGAAACUGGAGGAGGAGAUUGAAGAUAUGAAGAGGAGAAACACUGAGCUGGAGCAGCUUUCACACACUGAUGAUCACAUACAUUUCCUACAGAGAUUCCAGUCUCUCUCUGAACCCUUGGAAUCUACGGAUGUGUUCAAUUUUGCUGUCAGUUCUGACUCCCCUUAUGAAGACGUGAGCAAAUCUGUCUCUCAAAUGAAAGAACAAAUGGAAGAGUUCUGCACAAGGAAGACAGAAACCCUACAUAGUCAAGCAACACAGAUCAGUAUUAUUUACCAGAUUGAACCCAAGACCAGGAAGGACUUCCUACAAUAUUUCCAGCAGCUCUCUCUGGAUCCAAACACAGCCCAUAAACACCUCCGUCUGUCUGAUGGCAACAGAGUGGCGACUAAUACUGACAAAGUCCAGCGGUAUCCUGAUCAUCCCGACAGAUUUGACAACUUUUCUGGGGUGUUGUGUAGAGAGAGUGUGAGCGGACGCUGUUACUGGGAGGUAGAGUGGAGACCGAAUGAGGGUGAUUAUGGGAUGGGUGUAGCGCUCGCUUAUAAGAGCAUCAAGAGAAAGGCACAGAGAUAUAUUAGUGGAUUUGGAUGUAAUGAUCAGUCCUGGAGUUUGUUCUGCUCUAACUCCCGUUACACAUUUAGGCGCAAUGGCCAACAGAAGAAACUCCGUGUAUUUCCCAUCUCCUCUAGGAUAGGAGUGUAUGUGGAUCCCAAAGCAGGAAUUCUGUCCUUCUUCAGCGUCUCUGACACAAAAAUGAGCCUCAUCCUCAGAGUCCAGACAACAUUCACUGAACCACUCUACCCUGGGUUUUGGGUUUAUAAGUCAAAGGUGAAUCUGUGUCAUCUUAAAACAUUUCACCCAGACUGUGAUCAUUUUGACGAUUAGUGAAUGAUGCAUUCUUGUUUUCUAUUCAGUAUUAUAUUUAAACCACUGAAAUAGUAUGCUCAUAUCUUAUGUAAUUAAUAAAAACGAGAUCUAUCCAACAGUGUUUGUAAAGAGCGAGUCAUAGUGUAUGGUAAAAUGAUUGUAAUCUAGGGUUGUCACGAUACUGGAAUUCGGUACCAAUCAAUACUGAAAUUUUAAAAACGUCCAUUUCCCGCUAACAUUUGAGCACUGUUGAGCGUGUUCUUUAACGCUGCUGAUUUGUCGUUGUGUUUACGUGCUCAACAGAAAUGGCUGUGAUUGGCUGUAAAGGUAAUCAGUUCACUAAACUCACUGCUGUUUACUGAGUGUAAAAAUAGGUACAGAUAUGCUGGAAUGUUUCAAAGACACAAUUCAUCAGCGGAUCGCUCGUAUGUCAGCUUAUAGACAAAUUAUCUGGUAGACAUGACAUUCCAGUGUACUGUAUCUGUGGUUACACUCAAUAAACAGUUGUGAGUUCGGUGAACUGAUGACCUUCACAGCCAAUCACAGUCAUGUGUUUAGCAUGGACAAAUCAGAGCUGUUUAAAAACGCUCUCAAAUGUUCAGUGGAAAUGGACGUUUUUAAAAUUCCAGUAUUGGGACGACCCUAUUGUAAUCAUUACAGUUUUAUUUUAAAAUUGGUUUGGCAAAAAGAUAUUGGUAAAUUUUCAAACUGUUAGUACAUAUAUUACAACAGACCAUCAAUGGUGCCAUUUUAGUCAACAUUUCAGCAUAUUUUCAAUCGUGUUAGUACAAUACACAAUCAAAAAAUAUCCUUUCACUACACAGAAUGUGUGUAUUUUAUCUACAGACAUGUUUUAUUUACAGUAACUGCCAGUUACAGUAACUAUUACUAUCAAGCUUUUGAUUUGCAUAUUUUACUAUUCAGUGUAAUACAUGUUUCUAUCAUUGAAUUUAAUUAAUCUUAAUGUUCAUUCAUUCAUUUUCUUUUUAGCUUAGUCCCUUUAUAAUCAGGGGUUGCCACAGCGGAAUGAACCGCCAACUUAUCCAGCAUAGGUUUUACGCAGCAGAUGCCCUUCCAACUGCAACCCAUCAAUGGGAAACACUUAUAUACUCUCAUUUUAUUUAUUAUUGCCACAUCAGUAACUUAUGGCUAUUUCGUGGCAUAAAAUAUUACAGGAUAAAAACAAAUUCGUAUUACACUAAAAAAGUUACUUAGACAAAUAUAUAAAAUAUAAAUAUACAAUUCACAGUUUAUUCAAAGAAUCAACUAUAAUAAUAAUAAUAAUUAAAUAUGAUUUUUCAGUUAAAUUUUUGAUAAUAAUUUAAAACUACCUUUUUAAAAAUGUCCAUCAAAGUUCUCUCCCUAUAUAAAUGUUGUCUAAUGGAAUUUAAACUUCUACAUUCCAACAAAAUAUGUUUGAUGGGAAGAGCAGCCUGGCAGUAAUUACAUUUAGGUGAUUCUUCGUUAAUCAGUAAAUAUAAAUGUGUCAACCUAAAAUGUCCAAUUUGACAUCUGGUAUAGACCGUCUGAUCAUGCCUGGUCUCAAAAUUAUAAUCUGCUAAAUGUUUUUUAUUUAUAUUUGGGUUAACAUCAUGUAAUUUAUUAUUUAUGCAGUUUUCCCAUUCCCUUUGCCAUGUUUCGUUUGUGUACAAAUUGAUUGUGGGUUUCAUUAAAUAUUCUGUCAAAUUCAA